AAGAUCAGCUAGGUUGCACAAGCAGGAGCAGGGCCAUGUCUUUACCCUCUAAAUCAAAUCCCUGAUCUGUACAGACGAUACCUGCCAAUGCAGCAAUCGAUGGCGUAGAUCGGACAGCAUAGCACCAGAGGACUUUCAGCUUAUACCAGUUCUUUAAAGAAAAAAAAAAAGGCUAAUGUCCAGGCUGGGUUUUUCUAUGCGGAUCAAAGUUAUCUACUGACCAUUGGAGGUGUACAAGAGCCGAUCGCACAAGAGCGUGGCACAAAAUCAAUCGAGGGACAGCGCGCCAUUCUAAGCAAUCUGAUUGGUCGAGAUGGAAGCAGGACCUGUUUAGCUCUCUGACUUAUUCGUUCCAUUUGUUCUUUUUGCGGUCAUCCCACGGUCAUCCAGCGUCUUCCCUUUCCUUUCUUUCCCCCCCCCUCCCAUCCAUCCUUCUUUCUUCAUCCUCCCCUCCCGCAACGUCAAGCCAACACAGCCAACAUGAACGCACAGAUUAUGAACAUGGCCCUGGUGAUGGGUUCGAUGCAGAUCACCAACCGUCUGGAUCUCGAGGACACAAAGACUAAGCAGCUCAUCUUGGGAGCCUACGUUACCGCCCAGGUCAUCGUUCUCGGAAUCUCCUUCAUCAUCAAGAAGAGGGUUAUGGCCAAGAAGGACACGGCUGUUCUCAAGUAUCUCGACCAGCCCAAGCCCAUGUCCGGCGAGGAGCCCAAGCUGGUGACGACCACAAACAUGGCCUACGAUCUUGAGCAGAACGCCCAGGCGCAGAAGCAGGCCCUCAUUGGCUUGGCCCUGAUGGUCUUCUUGCACUUCCAGUUUGGCGUGAUCCGUCCCUUGGUCGUCCAGUCGAUCCUGCCCGUCAAGAAUGCGCUGCAGAGCAAGUGGGCACAGGUUCAUCUGUUUGGCAAGCCCGCUGAGGGCGACCUGAAGCGUCCUUGGAAGGCCGAUAACCCAUUUGCGGCCUUGACUGGAGCUAGCAACGAGCAGUCCGAGGCUGCUGAGAAGGCUGCGAUCAAGAAGGCCGAGAAGGCCGAGACAAAGGCCGGAAAGUCAGAGUCGAAGAAGGAUUUGUAAGAUAAAGAAGGGAGAGAGCAGCAACGAAUGCGUUGUUCACUCUUUUUGUUUACCAGUUUGCGCUUUAUCCAUGUAAUUUCAUUAAAACACCAAAAAAAUAUAUAUAUAUA